AUGGCACCCACCGUCUUGCAUCUCCGUAGCGAGACCAAGCCACUCGAGCACCGGUCUGCCCUGACUCCAGCCACGACGUCUGACCUUAUCAAGGCUGGCUAUGUGGUCAAUGUGGAGCGCUCGCCCGAGAGAAUUUUCGAUGAUGCCGAAUUCGAGGCAGUCGGCGCAACCUUGUUGCCUGAGGGCAGCUGGGUCGACGCCCCCAAAGAGCACAUCAUUGUCGGCCUGAAGGAGCUGGAGGAGAAGGAAUGCAAAUAUCAGUCCCUCUUAAGCACGUGCACGUUCAAUAAGCAACAAGCCGGCUGGGAGAACGUCCUUGCACGAUUCCCGAGGGGCGGCGGAACUCUCCUUGACCUGGAGUUCCUCGUUGAUGAUCGCGGUCGUCGUGUAGCUGCCUUUGGCUUCCAUGCAGGCUUUGCAGGGGCUGCUCUUGCUCUCGAGGUUUGGGCAUGGCAGCUGAGCCACAGCGAGCCCUUCCCAGGGGUGAAGAGCUAUCCUAACGAGGAUGCCUUGAUUACCAACGUCAGCCGCGUGCUCAACGAGGGUGCCAAAAAUGCUGGGCAUAUGCCCCGAGUUAUCGUCAUUGGCGCUCUUGGUCGCUGUGGAUCCGGUGCGGUUGCCGCCCUGAGAAAGGCUGGAGUCCCAGAAGACAAGAUCGUCAAGUGGGAUAUGGCUGAGACUGCCAUUGGCGGCCCCUUCAAGGAAAUUACCGACAGCGACAUCUUUGUCAAUUGCAUCUAUCUGACAAGCAAGAUCCCCAACUUUGUCAAUCUUGAAUCGCUGCAAGUCCCAGACCGCAAACUCUCGGUGGUCUGCGACGUCUCCGCCGAUACCACCUCUCCCUUCACCCCGGUUCCCAUCUACACGGUGGCCACCACUUUUAACAAGCCGACUGUCCCGGUGGACGGGCUCAAGAGCGGCCCUGCGCUUUCAGUCAUCUCGAUUGAUCAUCUGCCGUCUCUUCUGCCUCGCGAGGCAUCAGAGGCCUUCAGCCACGACCUGCUGCCCCACCUUCUCACCCUGAACGAUCGGCAAAACUCGCCCGUCUGGACGAGAGCCGAGGAGCUCUUUAAGAAGGUCGCGACUCUCCCAGCAAGCGCUCUGAAGAACUGA